AUGCACAGAAACGAGCUUACGGUCACACGGUUAGGCGCGCCUAAUGAGAAAGUUAUCGAGCGUUUAUUGCGUAGUUCAGCGGGAAGCUUCGCCGCGUCGCCAGAGGCGCUCCAUCGCAGGUGUGCCGCGCCCCCCGCGAAGCCCCCCGCACCUCCCCGCAGACACCCCCGCGCCCCUCGCAUCACCCGCCGCCGCUCUACAACGCAGCUUUCCUUAGUACACGCCGCC